AUGGCGUCCGGCACUGCUGAUGUCAAGCUCAAAGUGGCCGUGAUACAGAUGAAGCCCAAGCCACUGGAUCCAGCACACAACUUUGCUCAUGCCAAAGCCGAACUUCAGCGAGCAGCAGAUCAAGGCGCUUCCCUGGCCGUUCUCCCAGAAUACCAUCUUUCAGGCUGGGAGCCGAACGAUCCCCAGUUCGUCGAGAUAGCACGUGAAGCUCACAAGUAUCAAGCUGCAUAUCAGAACCUGGCCAAGGAGUUGAAGAUCAACAUCUGUGCAGGCACGAUUGUUCAGACAGCGCCGACUCCAGCAAGCAAUGGCGUAGGCAAUACCACAACUAACGAUGAGAGUAAGCCUGUCCUCCUCAAUAUAAGCCCAUUCAUAAGCUAUACUGGAGAACUACUUGGCACAUACACCAAGACCAACAUAUGGAUUCCUGAACGUGAUCACCUCACUUCAUCUGUAGCGUUCGCACAGACCCCGACCGACACAUCUACGACAUCUGCGACACAGCAGCAGAACCAACACUCCAAAGACCUUCAACAUGCGGGAAUAGCACACUCCGAGCCCUCAAAUCCUCCAACCUCGCCACACGACGUGAUACAAACACCACUCGGCAACAUCGGAAUUCUGAUUUGCUGGGAUCUCGCCUUCCCCGAAGCCUUCCGAAGCCUGAUCAGACAGGAAUGCAAACUGAUAAUAAUACCGACAUAUUGGACCGCAUUCGAUCUCAGCGACGCAGGACGAAAAGUUAAUCCAGAUGGCGAGAAACUAUUUCUAGAGAGCAUGCUCGUCGCCAGAGCCUUCGAAAAUACCUGCACAAUCAUAUUCUGCAAUGCCGGUGGCCCUGCGGACGAGGGCUUCCUGGGUCUGAGCGGCGUCUACGCACCCAUUGCAGGACGAUUACCUGGCUCGUUCACGGAUAGUGAGGAGGGUAUGAGGGUGGUCGAGGUUGAUUUGGGUAUUCAGGAGAUUGCGGAGCAGAAUUAUAGGAUUCGCGAGGAUGUGUUGGGUGAGGACUGGCAUUACGGGUAUGAGAAGGUGGGAGGGAACGUCGGUGUAGGCAGUUGA